AUGAAUUCUCUCAGUAAAGCUGCCAAAAUGUCCAUUAGUUCCUUAGCAAGCACAUACGGCAUCAAGAAUGUCAACCUCCUGAGAACCCAGGGUUUCAUUGACGGCAAAUGGGUAGGCGAUAGCACUUCUACAUUUGAUGUCACCAACCCUGCAACCGAUGACUUAUUACUCAAGGUGUCCAAUUUGACUGUUGAUGAUGCCCACAAAGCCAUAAAGAGUUCUUCGGAUGCUUUCAAAAGUUUUAAAACCACCACUGCCCGUUACAGAGCAGAUAUCCUAAACAAGAUGUACCAUUUGCUAAUGGACAAUGUCGAUGACUUGGCUAUCAUUUGCUCUCUAGAGAACGGAAAACCGGUCGCUGAUUCCGCCGGUGAGGUCAAAUAUGCCGCUUCCUUCUAUCAAUGGUUUGGUGAAGAGGCACAACGUUUAACGGGAGAUGUAAUCCCCUCCAACAUCCCCUCAAACAGAAUCAUCACUGUGAAGCAACCUGUUGGUGUUGUGGGAAUCUUGACUCCGUGGAAUUUCCCUCUUGCUAUGAUUUCCAGGAAGGUUGGAGCUGCCAUUGCAACCGGUUGUACCGCUGUGGUCAAGCCUGCAUCUGAGACUCCAUUGUCAGCCCUUGCCAUGGCAUAUUUGGCACACGAAGCUGGAUUGCCUAAGGGUGUUUUCAACAUCUUGCCUGUGGACCAUGCGACUACGAAGUCUAUAGGAGAACUUUUCUGUGAGGAUGACACCAUUAAAAAAGUGUCCUUCACUGGUUCUACUGGAGUUGGAAGUGUCUUGAUGACUCAAUCCGCUAAGACUUUGAAGAAGCUUUCGUUUGAGCUCGGUGGUAACGCUCCAUUCAUCGUUUUUGAAGAUGCAGACAUUGACAAGGCUGUAGAAGGGGCUUUGAUAUCUAAAUUGAGACAAUCAGGGCAAACCUGUGUGUGUGCCAACAGAUUGUACAUCCAUGAGUCAAUUUACGAUGAAUUUACAGAAAAAUUGGUUGCAAAGGUAAAGAAAUGCAAACUGGGCAAUGGUCUUACAGAAGGCACUACACACGGACCUCUCGUCCACAGUAGAGCUGUUGAUAAAGUUCAACAACAUGUUAAGGACUGUUUGGACAAAGGAGCCACUCUUUUGUUAGGUGGUAAAGUAAGAACCGAUUUGGGGCCAAAUUUCCAUGAUUUGACCGUCAUUGGCGAUGUGACCCAAGAGAUGGCAGUUGCACACGAGGAAACAUUUGGACCAUUGGUUCCUCUCAUAAAGUUCAGCUCCGAGGAGCAAGUACUAGAAUGGGCAAACGACACAGAAUUUGGUCUUGCUGGCUACUUUUUCACCAACAACUACUCACGAAUCUUUAGAUUGGGUGAGCAAAUCGAAUGUGGUAUGGUUGGUAUCAAUACUGGUGCCAUCUCUGAGGCCGCUGUACCAUUUGGUGGUAUUAAGCACUCCGGUUUUGGUAGAGAGGGUUCCAAGUACGGUGUCAACGAUUACAUCAACAUCAAGACCAUGGUGAUUGGAGGACUCUGA